UCGGGGCCGCGCGCGGCCGCCGGUUCCGCCUCCUCCGCCGCCUCCCCGCGGCCGCCGCCGCCAUGUUGGAUGGUGCGUGUGGGUGUCAAGCGCAGCCCGCGGCCGCCGGGCACCGGGACACCGGGACACCGCGCCCGCCCCGCGCCCGCAGGUCAUGAUUUUCAUUUUCCUGUGUCAUUCUCUUGAGGAGAGGAAAUGAUUGUAGUGGAACGUGUCACAAGCACGCCACUGCUCCGGAGCCUUUGCUGUUCAGAAACGUUCCUGGAAGAGCAAAUUUAGCCCUGUGCUGUUUGUGUUGUGGGAUCUGUCUUGGGAAAAAGGGAAAUAAAAAUGACGACUUCGUCUAUCCGACGGCAGAUGAAGAACAUUGUGAACAAUUACUCAGAGGCCGAAAUAAAAGUUCGGGAAGCGACCUCAAAUGACCCCUGGGGUCCUUCCAGCUCCUUGAUGACUGAAAUAGCAGAUCUGACCUACAAUGUUGUGGCCUUCUCUGAAAUUAUGAGCAUGAUCUGGAAACGACUCAAUGACCACGGCAAGAACUGGCGACACGUCUACAAGGCCCUGACUCUCUUAGAUUACCUGAUUAAAACUGGCUCUGAGAGGGUGGCCCAGCAGUGUAAAGAGAAUAUUUUUGCUAUCCAGACGUUGAAAGAUUUCCAGUACAUCGAUCGGGAUGGGAAGGACCAGGGCAUCAACGUGAGGGAGAAGUCCAAGCAGCUGGUGUCCCUUCUGAAGGACGACGAGCGCCUCAAGACAGAGAGGGCCCAAGCCCUGAAGACCAAAGAAAGGAUGGCUCAGGUGGCCACUGGGGUGGGCAGCAACCAGAUCACCUUUGGCCGAGGCUCCAGCCAGCCCAACCUGUCCACCAGCUACUCAGAGCAGGAGUAUGGCAAGUCUGGAGGGUCCCCAGCAUCCUACCAUGGCUCCACGUCCCCGCGGGUCUCCUCGGAGCUGGAGCAGGCGCGGCCGCAGACGAGCGGGGAGGAGGAGCUGCAGCUGCAGCUGGCGCUGGCCAUGAGCCGCGAGGUGGCCGAGCAGGAGGAGCGCCUCAGACGCGGGGACGAUCUGAGAUUACAGAUGGCUCUGGAGGAGAGUCGCAGAGACACAAUUAAAAUUCCCAAAAAGAAGGAGCACACCACCCUGCUGGACCUGAUGGAUGCCCUGCCCUCCUCGGGCCCGGCCCCGGCCAAGAGCGAGCCCUGGGGCCCUCCUGCUGCUGCUGCUGCUGCUGCUGCUGCUGCCAACCAGACAGACCCCUGGGGAGGAUCCUCAGCUGCAGCCCCUGCCUCCGACCCCUGGCAAUCAUUUGGUGCCAAACCAGCUGCUUCUGUUGACCCUUGGGCAGCACCAGCAGGAUCCACAGCUCAGCCUCUGGCCAAGAAUGUGGACCCUUGGGCUCCUGCUCAGCCAUCUUCUACUGCAGCAAAAUCUUCUGUGGAUCCCUGGGGAUCAGCACCUGCAAACAAACCUCUCUCUACUUCUGGAAGUACAUCUUUUGACCUCUUCAGUAAUUUGAAUGGUACAGUUAAAGAUGAUUUUUCUGAAUUUGACACACUUCGAACUUCCAAAAAGCCAGCUGAAUCAGGUUCCACUCUGCCCUCUCAGCACAGUGGCACCACGAGUCCUGAUCUCUUUGAGUCCCAGCACUCGAGUGGGACAUCAGGCAAGCAGAGCACGGCCCGCAAAACCCCGGAGUCCUUCCUGGGCCCCAACGCUGCCCUGGUCAACCUGGACUCCCUGGUGUCCAAGCCACCACAACCUGUUACUUCUCUGAACCCGUUCUUGGCACCAGGCGCCGCCACGGCAGCGACUCCAAUCAACCCCUUCCAGGUGAACCAGCCUCAGCCUCUGACCCUGAACCAGAUGCGAGCGAGCCCCGUGAUGGGCAGCAGCCCCUCGUUCAGCACCGUGCCCCCUCUGAGCAUGGAGCCAAUACCUCUGUCUUCCAUGGCCCCCGUGCCCGUGGGCAUGGCCCCGCUGCCGGCCAUGGGCACCAUGCGCAUGGGCCAGGGGCUGAGCAUUGCAGGAUCAAUGCCCCAAGCUCUGCACAGUACAGGAAUGCCGCCAGCAGCCUCCCAGGCUGCAAAUACAACUAACCCUUUCCUCCUAUAAAGACCCAAUUAAAGGAACUUUUCUUUUCUUAGUGUUUCCAGGCUGAAGUCUUUCCAGCGAAACGAACGUGGCCUGUGUGGACUGAACGGUGUGUGAGAGACUUGGAAGUAGAUUUGCAGUUUACAGUUAUGAUCUUUGAAGAGUUGUCUCUACUUACCAGUUAAUCUAAAUCUAGUCUUUGCUACAGAUGGUACCUUACUUUGGCUUGUUGAGCAUCAUGUGAAAUGUUCAGACUUUUCACCAAAGUUAGAUUCUGCCCAUUUUUGUUACUUUGUUAAUCAUUUCAAACACACUUUCUAGGGAGAGAGAGAACCUGCCACCGGAAAACUCCCUUGGCUGUUUUGUAGAUGUCAGAUCAUGUGCUGGAUUCCUGAAGUUACUCUUGCCCUGCAUCUGUCACUUCCUCUGCCCGUCAGGUAGACCUGAGAUUCCGAGUGCUAGUGAAUGUUUUGCACAUAACUACACACAGUUCUAGACUGUUGGUUCACCCAUAGUCCUUACUCUUAGAAGAGACCGACCCGGAGGGCCCAGGGGGGCUUGGUUUUUAUGCAUUAAACAUUGCAAACUCGCACUGCUUUGGUAUCUCUGAGGUGUGACUGACAACAGCAAGCUUGUCUCGAAAGGAAAAAUAACACAAAACCCCAGACAAAACACCCAAGACCAUGCUCGAGUUGUGCUGUCGUGUGCAGUGUUGAAUUCCUACACUACUCUAAGGACUCCUGGAACUCUCUGUGAGUGGCUGCACUCGUGCUGAGUGAGUGUCCUGCUCUGUGCUUGUCCAGUACCAGCUUCGUUUGGAAGUUUUUUCAUGUGUAUUUUGUUUUUAUUUGACUUACAAUGUGAGUUGAAAGAAAAAAAAAUGGAAAAAACAAAGAAAAGCAAAAAAAAAAAGGAGAUACAGUGGGACAACUUUGAAUUCAGUUUCACCGGGGCAAGCUUUAAAACUAAUUCAGGCUUAACCUUGCUAUAUGCAGUUACUCUUGUAUACUUUUGCACAUAUUUUGUUUAGUACAGUUUCAUAUUUUGAGUUUGCAGAGUUACCUAAUAGUCCUUUUUUUGCUAAUUUUUAUAAUGUGGUUCUUAUUUAACUGUCUGGUUUUGAUAGAUUUAUCAAGUCUGGCUGAAAAAUUAAGAUAUUGGCAAAUGUCAUUUUUAUGGUUUUAAUGCCCUCUUAUUUAUGGUUUUCGCUCUUUGUUUCUGUAAAGAGAGUUUAAAAGGGAAGAUUAACACUAAAAUAUUUACUUUUAAAUGAAGUAUUCAUAAUGCAAAUCAAAAAACAAAUCCUCGUGACUAAUUAUUUUUAGAUGAAUUGAAUUUGAGCAUAACAUGAUUUAAGACUACAUUAAAAAGAAAAAACACUAAAGUCGCCUUUCCCUUGAUUUGUUCCCAUUUCCCAAUCCCCAGACUGGACAGACUUUUAGCCUUGAUGAAGAUCCCAGGAGAGGCUGUUUGGUUUUAUUUUCCUUGUAAAACUUGUGGAGCUGUUUAAAAUCCUGAUGUACAAACAGAACUUGUUUGGUUUUAUGCCCUGAUUUUUCCUGUUGGAAGGUGCACUCUGUUGGAUGGCUGCUUCCAAGGGAGUUAUCCCUUUUAGAUGAAUUCUCAUGUCUGGACUCCUCACCACGCUCAGGGGUUCUGCUGGAGCUCCAGCCUCUCCCAAAAAUCCAUGGAAAGGGAAUUUUCCUGCCUGCAGGGCACCUCUGAACAGACUUGGUGGCCUUUCCUUAAUUUAAGAGGGGGAAAAGAGAAUUUCCUGGAGUUGUGUUGAGGUGGAACAAUUCCCUGUGGGGCUGGAGAGGGGCUGGAUCCCAUGGAAGGAGAGGAUUCCAUGGAAGGAGGGGAUUCCAUGGAAGGAGAGGAUCCCAUGGAAGGAGAGGAUUCCAUGGAAGGAGAGGAUUCCAUGGAAGGAGAGGAUCCCAUUAAGGAGAGGAUCCCAUUAAGGAGAGGAUUCCAUGGAAGGAGAGGAUUCCAUGGAAGGAGAGGAUCCCAUGGAAGGAGAGGAUUCCAUUAAGGAGAGGAUCCCAUUAAGGAGAGGAUUCCAUGGAAGGAGAGGAUUCCAUUAAGGAGAGGAUUCCAUGGAAGGAGGGGAUUCCAUGGAAGGAGAGGAUUCCAUUAAGGAGAGGAUUCCAUGGAAGGAGAGGAUUCCAUGGAAGGAGAGGAUUCCAUUAAGGAGAGGAUCCCAUUAAGGAGAGGAUCCCAUUAAGGGGAGGAUCCCAAGGAAGGAGAGAAUCCCAUUAAGGAGGGGAUUCCAUGGAAGGAGAGGAUUCCAUGGAAGGAGAGGUUCCCAAGGAAGGAGAGGAUUCCAUGGAAGGAGAGGAUCCCAUUAAGGAGAGGAUCCCAUUAAGGAGGGGUUUCCAUGGAAGGAGAGGAUCCCAUGGAAGGAAGGGAUUCCAUGGAAGGAGAGGAUUCCAUGGAAAGAGAGGAUUCCAUGGAAGGAGAGGAUUCCCAUGGAAGGAGAGGAUCCCAAGGAAGGAGAGGAUUCCAUGGAAGGAGAGGAUCCCAUGGAAGGAGAGGAUUCCAUGAAGGAGAGGAUUCCAUGGAAGGAGUGGAUUCCAUUAAGGAGAGGAUUCCAUUAAGGAGAGGUUCCCAUGGAAGGAGAGGAUUCCAUUAAGGAGAGGAUUCCAUGGAAGGAGAGGUUCCCAAGGAAGGAGAGGAUUCCAUGGAAGGAGAGGAUCCCAUUAAGGAGAGGAUUCCAUGGAAGGAGAGGAUCCCAUGGAAGGAGUGGAUUCCAUGGAAGGAGAGGAUCCCAUUAAGGAGAGGAUUCCAUGGAAGGAGAGGAUCCCAUGGAAGGAAGGGAUUCCAUGGAAGGAGAGGAUCCCAUGGGAGGGCUGGGAUUCACCUCCUGGUGGGAAGGGGAGGCUGAGGGAUGCUCAGAUUUAGGGACACAGCCCCAGCCUGGAGCUGUGCAGUCAGGGGAGCUCUGGCAGGGGGUGGAAUGCUCGGAUGUUCCUGUGCAGGUGUGGGAUCCUCUGGAAUUGCCAAGGAGCAUUCCCAAUCCUUGUUUGUAUAGAGGAGGGAAGAGGAUUGCUGUCCACACCCAGCCUGUCUUUCAAAACAAAACAAAACAAAACAAACCCCCAUCCAUGUUGCCUUUCAGAGCACAGCAAAAGAUUUUUUUCUGCUGUUGUUGAAGCUAUUGAGAAGUGCAGAGCAGGAAGGGUGUGAUUCCUGCAGAUGGGGGGAUCUGCAGUGCUUUUUCCCAGCUGAUCCAAGGUUCCUCCUGGGUUGUUUUCCCAGUUGGAUUUGACCAGCUCUGGAAUCGAGGGCACUCGGGGUUUGUCCCUUUGUCCCCUGAACUGCAGUGGGAUGGGGCAUUGUCUGUCCAGCCAAGAGUCCUGGCCACGUCCUGGGGAACUUUUUAGAGGCAAGAUGAGGUUGAUAAGAAAUAUUUAAAGUGCUGAAAUAUUCUGCAGUUGGAGCUGUCGCUGUAAAUUUGCUCUGGGAGGGAGCCCUGGCUUAAUGAAGCUGUUGAAUGGCAAAUCGUUGUCACUGCCCCCAGAACUUUAUCCCUUUUAUAUGAAAUAAAGACAUUUAUGGCACAACCAACCCCAAGGAGGCUCCCUGAGCAGCCACAGCCCAAAUUCUGGUGCUGGAAAUUUUAGGCUGAGACUGAGCAAGGCCAGAUGCCAGCCUGGCACAGGGCUGUGGCAGGAGCUGAGUUUAGCAGGAGAAGGAGCUGCUUUGGGAAAUGUGACACAGGGGGGUCACUGUCCUGCCUGGGGAUGCUCUCAAUGGUCCAGCUCACUUUGUGAUGAUUUUCCUGCUCUCCAGGAUAAUCCUCCCACAUUUCUGGAGGGUGUUUGUGUGUCCCCUCUGCCCCAUUUCUUCAUUUUUCCCCUCUUCUCCUUUUUUUUCUCACUUUGCAAAUAUUCAAAGUGCUUUUUUUUUUUUCUUUUUUGAUUUUUAAAAUGUUAGUAGCCCAAAAAUAGCCUUACUGGUCAAAUUGACCAAAGAGAAAAGUGUUAAAUAUCUUGUUAAAAAAAAUAAAUUAACACACACUCCUUGGCAUCAUUUCCCCCUAAAUAAGCUCAGUUAUUUAUUCAGUUUUAUGCUCUAGAGAAACUCAGCUCUGUGGAGGGGGCAGGGAAGGGAAGCCCUGGUGGGUUGUGGUGUUUUCAGUUUUUGGGAAGUCCCAUAGCCAGGACAGCUCUUGUUCCCCUUGUGCCCCUUGGGAGGUGUGCUCUGUGCCUGAACAUUGCACAGGUGGGGAGAAACAGGAGAUUUCCUUUUCCCACCAGAAUCUCACCCAACUCUUCCUCUCCAAGUGUUCCAAUAUUUCCCAAACUGCUCAUAACCCCGGGAGCCAGCUGCUUUUUCUGGAUUUGUGCUGACUAUUGCCAUUAUUUACUGUAUAAAUAAUUUAUCAUUUGUACUAUUGUAUCAUAAUGUCUGUAUCUUUGUGUCAUUUUUUUUUUCUCCCCCCCCCCAGCAAUGUCACAGAUGUGAUAUUUAAACGAUGCCAUCAGAACAGUGGAAAGACGAGGGGUUUGGAGGUGACUGGUCAGAAUUAAAAUUGUAUUGCUUCUA